UUUCUUCUUCUUUUUUGAUUACUUUUUUUUUUGUAUAUCCUUCCCACUAUAUACUCCUCAAUAAAUAAUACCAUAGAUUUUUCUUUUCUUUUUUUUUGACCAAGUGUUUGUAGCUUGUACUGUCUUUUUUUUCUGUAUAUCUUUAUUUAUAUUCCCACCCGUUUUGUUUAUCAUAUAUUUCCUUAUCGACAAACGAAAAAAGAAAAAGAAAAAAAAAACCUCAGUACUUUUUAACGAACAACUUUUAAUCAUGGGUUGCUGUCUAUCAACAGAACAUGUGGAGGAAAAACAACGACACCAAGAAAUCGAAACUCAAAUUAAACGAGACCGAGCUCAUCUCAAGUCUGAAAUCAAGAUGUUGUUACUAGGGGCAGGGGAAUCGGGGAAAUCAACGAUUGUGAAACAAAUGAAAUUGAUCCAUGACGGCGGGUUUACGGUGGAAGAACGAGAAAGUUUCAAAGAAGUGAUUUUUUCAAACACAAUGCAAUCGAUGCGAGUGACUUUGGAGGCAAUGGAUACUCUCAAGAUCCCUUUUCAACAUCCUGGUAAUGAAGGACAUCGACGAUUGAUUAUGGAGGCUCAUCCUCAAGUGGAUUAUUUGGCUCAUGAAUUGGUGGAAGCCAUUGCUUCUAUUUGGGCUGAUCCUGCUGUCAAAGCAUGUGUAGAUCGAUCUAAUGAAUUUCAAUUAAAUGAUUCGGCAAGAUAUUAUUUUGAUUCUAUAUUAAGGAUUGGUCAACCUAAUUAUAUGCCAAGUGAUCAAGAUGUAUUACGUUCAAGAGUUAAAUCUACUGGGAUUACCGAAACAACCUUUGUCAUUGGUGAUUUGACUUAUCGUAUGUUAGAUGUGGGUGGACAACGUUCUGAAAGAAAGAAAUGGAUCCAUUGUUUCGAAUCAUGUACUGCAGUUUUAUUUAUGGUGGCGAUCUCUGAAUAUGAUCAAAUGUUAUUUGAAGAUGAAACAGUGAAUCGACUUUCGGAAUCACUUACAUUAUUUGAUUCGAUUUGUAAUUCACGAUGGUUUAUUAAGACAUCCAUCAUUCUUUUCCUCAAUAAGAUUGAUUUGUUUGCAGAAAAGAUCAUCAAAUCACCCAUGUCGAAUUAUUUUGAUGACUACACUGGUGGUCAACGUUACGAUGCCGCUUGUCAAUAUCUCCUCCAACGCUUUGUUUCUCUCAACACACGCGCCGAUACAAAACAAGUCUAUACCCAUUUUACCUGUGCUACCGAUACAAAACAAAUCACCUUUGUCAUGUCUGCUAUCAAUUCUAUCGUCGUGCAUGAAAAUUUACGUGAUGUGGGUUUGAUGUAAUUGCAUUUUUUUUUGUAUAUAUAUCAUUCCUUCCUCUCAUAGUUAGAUUUAUCCAUAUUAUUUUAGCUUUUAUUACACACACACACACAAAAUCAAAAAAGAAUGUUUCUUUUUCUCACUCCCUAGUUCCUCCAUUUUUUUUUAAAAUCCUAUCUGAAUAUCAUUGUUAUUACGUACUGUUUCUUUCUUUCUUUACCAUUACCCCUAAUAAAU